UGCGCCCCGCCCCACAAAUCUCAUCUGUUGAGAACUGUAUUCCUUUCUUCAACUUCUAAAGAAUUUUUCUGCGGAACUAUACAUACAGCUUUCUGUAUAUAUAAAGAUUCGUGACUUCAAAAACCCUAAAAAUGGUGAAGUUGUAGAGAGAGAAAGUGAGCUAUAGCUUGGCGAUGUUGGAGAGGUGGUGCGGAACUCGAGGUAAAGAUUCCCGUCUUUGUAACUUUAACCCGGACUCGCAUUCUCAACAUUGACUGUGCGAGAAAUGCCUACGUCACCUGAAGAAAACCCUAACCCUAAGGCGAAAUCGGCGGCGGCGGCGGCGAAGAAGAAACGGCGGUCGAGCUUGUCGGAUAUAUGGAAUAACAAGGAUGCUCAGGCGUUGAAGCAAUUGGUGCUUCAAAUGCGAGCUCAAUCGGUUUCUAAUUCCACUACUCCACCGUCUGAGCCCGAAUCUGAUAUCCAAUCCCUAACCCAAGAAGACGGGGAGCCGACCCGUUUUAGUUCUGGACCAGAUUAUACCGCCGUACUUUCUGAUAAGUUGCUGUUGAAUGUGCUUUCGAAGCUUCCGGAACACCAGCAUAUUUCUAAUUCAUUGGUUUGUAAGCGUUGGUGUAAGCUUAGUGGGAAGUUGGUUAGGUCUAUUAAGCUGUUAGAUUGGGAAUUUUUGGAAUCUGGAAGGCUUAGUUAUAGAUUUCCGGGUUUAAUUGACAUUGACCUAGUUCGAGCAUGUGUGAAAUCCCGGAGGAAUUCGGGAAUUGUGAUGAGUCAUAGGCUCGUUUCGGUGCAUUUGGAUUCGAACUCUAUUCAUGGAGGGUUUGUUGGGAAAGAGGGGUUUUUGGGACAAGAGGUGGUUGAUGGAGGGGUUAAGGUUUUAGUUGAGGGUUGUGCUAAUUUAAGAAGAAUAGUAUUGAUAAAUGCGAGUGUAGAGGGGCUCGGUUAUUUGGGUGAAAAGUGUGAAACUUUGCAGGAGUUGGAAUUGCAUUUCUCUGAUGACUUUGCAUUGAAGGGAUUAUUUGGCUGUAGGAAUUUGCAGAUACUGAAAUUGGUUGGUUGUAUUGAUGGAUUAUAUAAUUCCAUGGUUUCAGAUAUAGGAUUGACAAUUUUAGCUCAAGGGUGUCCACGUUUACUGAAGCUUGAGCUGGUCGGAUGUGAGGGAAGUUAUGAUGGGAUCAAAGCAAUUGGGCAGUGCUGUCAGAUGCUUGAGGAAUUGAUACUUUGUGAUCAUAGGAUGGAUGGUGGGUGGUUGUCUGCUUUGUCAUUUUGCAGCAACUUGAAAACUUUGAAGCUUCAGUAUUGUAAGGUUCUAGAUUCAUGUCCUGGCCCUGAUGAGCACUUGGGUUCUUGUUAUACUCUCAAUGAGCUACAUUUACAUCAGUGUCAAUUACGGGAUAAGCAAGGUGUGAGAGCAUUGUUUCUGGUUUGUGGGACUGUCCGAGAGCUUGUCUUUGGGGACUGUUGGGGAUUAGACAACACUAUAUUUGCUGCUGCAAGUGUUUGUCGGAGCUUGAGAAAUCUCUCUUUGGAAGGAUGCUCAUUGCUCACGACGGAAGGAUUAGAUUCGGUAGUUCAGUCAUGGAAAGAGCUUGAAAGGCUUAAGGUAGUCUCAUGUAACAAUAUAAAGGAUAGUGAAAUAACGCCAGAACUAGCAACUUUAUUUUCUGUUCUCAAAGAGCUAAAGUGGAGGCCAGAUUCUCGAUCUUUUCUAUCAUCAGGUCUUGAAGGGACUGGUAUUGGGCAGAAAGGUGGUAGAUCAUUGCGGAGGAAGUAAGUGUGAACUGGUAAAGAUGUCAAUGUAAAUGCAUUUCACCAUGAAGGUGAAAGUCUGUCUUCACUCGUUCCAGACAGUCCAGAAAAUAUUGGGUAGAGUGUUGUUGCCUCUACUGUUGGUACUGAUAUUGCAUCUGCAAUUGAAAGUACUCAAACAGAAAAAGAAGCUUCUGGUACUUCUGAGCCAAUUGUUGUGGAAGCGAGCUCCGGUGUGAAAGAAAGCAAUAUUGCUGAACCCAGUAAUAAUUUAAGACCUAUACCAGUUCCUCGGGAAGAUGCAGUCUCAAAGGAUUCAGACUUCGAAAAAACUUUGAUUUCCAAGAAUUUAAUUCAGUGGUGGAACUGGAGUGUUGAUUCAGUGAUAUUGCUUCAGUGACUGGUAAAAACUCCUUUAUGGCUUCAAUGGGAUGUUAACAAAGUUGCUGGAAAAUGAUUCUUGAGAGAAUUGCAGUAAAAUAAAAAAAAUAGAAAGCAGGGAAGUAUUUCUCUAGUAUUCGUUGUUUGAAAGAAAUUGGAGUAUAAAUGAGAACAAAACCCUUUUUUUCCCUUACAUUUGUGCAGGACCUUGGAGAAAAUCUUUUCUGGGUGAAGUUUUUAAGUGCAUUUCCAUCAUCUUUAUUUUUUUACUAAAUGCAUCAAAAAGUGUUGAUAAUUAUCUUUCUGGUACUUGAUUUACCAAUUCUCAGAAGAAAAAAAAUUAACAUUCUGGUACUUGGUUUUCCUUUCCACACAAUCAAGUGGUACCUAUGUGUCGUUACUGCGAGUUAAAAUCGUGUUUUAGGGGGGAAAGGAUGUGUCUCUUCUGUUUAUUGGUCUUCCGUUCUUGUUGGAACUGUGGCCUUCGGGCAUUGCUUGGUUCAUCUGCCACUGCUAAGUUUGUACUAUUUGACUCAGAUAACAGUAUGGAAGUUUGACAUGAAUACUUUGAUAUAUGCGCUAUGCCUUUAAAUUGGGACUAUAUACUAUGAUUUUGGCAUUGAUAUUGUUGUCUGGUCUCUACGUUUUCCUCGUCUCCAGUAAGCUUGUGUUACUGUUCAUUGGUAAAUGCAGUAGUGUUUGUCACCAAUAAUUCCUAACUAUAUGUACUUUGAUUGGAUUGUGUUAGCCCUUAGGUCAUCGCCAUGGAGAGGUUAAAGUUAGAACUUCAAGUGCGUGGGUUGAAAUGUGGAGGCACUCUACAAGAACGUGCAGCCAGGCUUUUCUUGCUCUCAACCACACCUUUGGAGAUGCUUCCAAAGAAGUUGCUUGCUAAGAAGUAAUUCUGUGCACGUUUGUUUUGCUAUUGUAGCUAGUUGUAAUUGUAGCUUCAUGUUUUAAGUGUCAGCUUAUUCUCUAUUUGACUUACGAUGUAGAUAUGCGUAUGUAUGUUUCAAUAAAUUCGACUACUUACAAGGACAAACAGCAGCAAUUCACUUUUUAGAGUAAUAAACUAAUGUUUAUUUGGUUCUGAUAUUUCUGAA